ACGAAAGCUCUUUGCUGAUUUACCGCAAGCACAGCUCCGAUAUCGUAAAGGCUGCGCAGGGCGGGAAACGUGUCUGGGAGCACAGCAUGUCGGCAGCGAGUGUCAGCAGGCAGAUUUCAAGAGCUCAUAUGUGGGCGACCUAUAUUGUGACACGCCCCUGGUUCGAGCACUGCCUUGGGCUUCUUAUUCUCAUCCAUACUGCUAUCAUUGGAGUCGACAUCCAGUUGACUUUGGACGGCAGUGAUUCGCCAUGGCUGAUUACUGUCGCUGAUUUCUUCUUUCUGGCGUGCUAUACGACGGAGUUUGUCCUGCGGCUGCUGGCGAUGG